UUACUUUCUAGCAAUCCAAGAGAAAUGUAUGGAAAUAUUAAGUUUGGCUUAUUAUUAAUGCUUAAACUAUAAAAACUAUUUUUAUGUUACCGAACGUGUUGUUUGAUUCAAAACAUAACCUUAAAAAUAAAAGAUUUGUAACUCUUGCCGAAUAUUUGAGGAGAAUGGGUCGUCGAAGCCGCAACGUUAAUAAGUUUGCUCAAAGAAAGAGGGAUCGAAAAGAACAGGAAAAAAACCGGCAAGAAAAUCCAGCGCCUGACAUUCGUAAACACUACGAAGAUAUAGUACGCGAAAAUGCGGCUUUUGAGGAGUAUUAUAAGGUUCAAAAAGUAUGCCCUGAAGAUCAAUGGGAAGACUUUAUGAAAAGUAUAAAGGAUAACCUGCCAACUGCAUUUAGGAUAACAGGUUCUAAAUGUGAGGCAAAUGCUCUAUUGAAAAUAGUAACCAGUCAAUAUUUCUCUGAGAUUCUCAAUAUGAAGUUAAAAGUAGAAGGAAAAGAUGAAGAAGAGGAAAUUAAGCCUAUUAAUUUGCCCUGGUAUCCAGGAGGCCUAGCUUGGCAACUCAGACUAUCCCGUUCUGAUAUCCGUCGCAAUGAGGCACUAUACCGCCUUCACAACUUCCUUGUAGCAGAAACUGCUGCUGGUGGGGUGUCAAGACAGGAAGCAGUUUCAAUGAUACCCCCUGUUGUUCUACAAGUAGAACCACACCAUAAAGUAUUAGAUAUGUGUGCAGCACCAGGGUCAAAAACAGCACAGCUUAUAGAAUUCUUGCAUUCGGAUGAAGACAAAACUCCUACUGGCCUUGUGAUGGCAAACGACGUAGAUAACAGUCGUUGUUACAUGUUAGUGCAUCAGGCAAAGCGGCUCAACUCUCCAUGUAUUGUGAUAACGAAUCAUGAUUCAGCUGUAAUGCCUUCAUUGGUCAUCACUGAUGAACAGAAUCCUGAACAAACGAAGCCAUUAAAAUUCGAUCGUAUACUGUGCGAUGUACCUUGUUCUGGCGACGCGACCUUGAGGAAAAAUCCUGACAUAUGGCUGAAAUGGUCGACAGGCAAUGGAAACAAUUUACAUGGCAUUCAAUACCGUAUACUUCGACGAGGCGUUGAAUUGCUAUCGAUCGGCGGUAGACUGGUCUAUUCGACCUGCUCCUUCAAUCCGAUAGAGAACGAGGCAGUCAUACAUCGUCUGCUACAAGAAGUCGGAGAAUCUAUUAAAUUAGUGGACGUUACUGAUCUACUGCCUGGAUUGAAGUUCCAUAAAGGCAUGACACACUGGCGUCCUGCAUCCAAGGAUAUGGUAUUCUACGAUAAGUUCGAAGAUGUGCCUGAGAAAUGGCAAACUGUUGUGAGACCACAAAUGUUCCCGCCCAAAUCUGAAGACUUAGACAAAUUUCAUCUGGACAGAUGCAUCAGAAUCCUACCCCACCAUCAAGACACCGGUGGAUUUUUUGUCGCCGUUUUUGAAAAAACUGCUCCCUUACCUUGGGAGAAGGAUCAAACUAAGCCCGAAGCCACAGAACCUUUAGAGGAAAAAGAGAAAAAAGAACCCCCGAAAAAGAGAAGAAGACUGGGGGGUUAUAGGGAAGAUCCAUUCGUAUUCUUCUCUGGUGACCAAGAAGAUGUAUUCCCUUCGAUAAAAGACUUCUAUGACCUUAAUGAUAAAUUCGACCCUACAUGUCUACUGACUCGGUGUCACAUUGGAAAGAAGAAGAACAUAUACUUGGUAUCUCCAACUGUAAAAGAUGUUGUGCAGAAGAAUGAGAAUAAUAUAAAAAUUAUUAAUACUGGCGUUAAGACGUUUGUGAGGUGUGAUAACAAAAAUAUGACUUGUCCAUUUAGAUUAUCCCAGGAGGGUCUUCAGAGCGUAUCCGAGCAUAUAGGGGCGAAACGACGCUUGAAUAUAUUGAAGGAAGAUUUGAUAUUGGUGUUACAGAACGACAAUCCAAGCAAUCCGCCAGAUGUUAAACUGUUCUCUAAGCAUACACAGAACUUGGUUAAGGACUUUGCUACAGGCAGCUGUGUCCUGGAAUACAAAGACACGGAGUCGAACCUGGAGUUGACAUUAGUGGGGUGGAGGGGCGUGCACUCGUUGCGAGCGUACACCGCCACUUCGGACACCGUACACUACUUGAGAUUGUUGGGAGCCGACUUUAGCAAAUACGAUGUUAAUAAGUUCAAGAAGGCGUCUGAAGUAACUGAAGUUGAAGCUGACUCUUCUGUGGUCGCAGAGACCAUCUCCACCAGUGAAAACGACCCUGAAGACUCUGAGGCGAGUGAAGCUAAUAUUAAAGAUAAAAUUGACUGUACGUAAUAAUUUUAUUAUUAAAUUAAAUAAUUAAUAUUUUAUAAA